AUGAAAAGCGCAAAAAUAAAUAAAUGUAAAAAUGAUAAGUUUGAGUUUGGAAAGUCAAUUAUAGAAAAAAGAUUUGGAAGUCUAGAAUUAUUAAAAAUACAAACAGAAUCGAAUAAUAAAACAGUUAAAAAAAUAAACAAAGAAAAGAAGUUAAAUUUGAGUAGCAACAUAAAAAAUACAAUUUGUAAAGAUUCUAUUACUGAAUAUACAGGUGCGGAUAAGUUAUCAGAACUAUUGAUUAUAAAUAAUAAAAAUAUUUAUAAUUCUAAAAAUGAAAUAUUAGAUAAAAAUGAAUGUUUUAUGGAUUUCACUGGCAUUAAUUUGUCUCUUAGCAUUCCACCUAGAUUGCCAUACAAUUGUUGUAGUAAGGAAGAAUACAAAAAGAAGGAAGCUCUUGUUUUUAAUGAAUGGAAAAAAAUAAAUUAUAAUUAUAUUUUUGAGAGGAAUAUUGAAAUUUGGAGGCAGUUUUGGAUUACUUGUGAACGAUCUGAUAUUAUUGUACAAAUCAUUGAUUCUAGAAAUCCAAAUUUUUUUAUUAAUAAAGAUAUUUUAAAUAUGUAUCCUACAAAGAAACAUGUAAUAUUUUCUAAUAAAGCAGAUUUAACAAGCACAAGAAUAAAAGUUGACGGAUUCGAUAUUAUUUAUUAUUCAGCGAUAAAUGAAAUACAAAAUGUUAUACAUUUUUUAGAAAAUAUAACGGAAAAAAAUAUUGGAUUUAUUGGAUAUCCAAAUGUUGGGAAAAGUAGUACAAUUAACGCUAUUAUAAAUCGAAAAAAAGUUAAGGUUAGUCAAACACCAGGCAAAACAAAAUUUAUUCAAACAAUUUUAUAUGGACAAGAUAAAAUACUUUUAGACUGUCCUGGACUUGUGUUUCCUAAACAUUCCAAAACCAAUUUAUUACUAAAUGGAAUACUUAAUGUCGAUAAAAUUAUAGACUUAAAAGCGAGCUUAUAUGAUGUUAUUAAUUUUAUUGGAAUACAAAAACUAGAAAAAUAUUAUAGAUUUGUUUCUGGUUGCACUUCAGAAAUUAAUUUUAUAAAUGAAUUAGCUCAUUUUAAAAAUUGGUCUAUUUCUUUAACAAUUAAAAAUAUUAUUAAAGAUUUGUUUUGUGGAAACAUACAAUACGAUAAAAUAGAAGAAGAAUAUAAGAAAAAUAAUAACUAUACAUACGAAAAUACUUAA